AUGGCCGACGACGGCUACGGCUCCAAGGAGAACCUCCGUCGACGCUCUGCCCCUCAGAGCGUUGCCUCGGACACUCCCGACGGCGCUGGCUUCCACCAGCCAGGCCAACCUAUCGGUUUCAUUCGAGCUCGUGGCACCCCUUACGAGAAAAAGUACUUCUCCAGGAAGCUCGGCUACUGCUGUCUCUUCAUCGCUCCUGUUUUCCUGCUCGUCACCCUCGCCAUCACUCUUCUUCCCGUCCUCUACGCCGUGGCCAACCAUGCGCUUCACACCAGUGCGCUUCAUGUCUACCAGUCCAACAUCACCGCUCCUGGCAACACCACGUUCCCGCUCACCCUCGAGGGCCAGGUGCAGAAAGUCGGCAUCUUCCCCGCCCACCUCUACUUUCGUGAGCCCGUCCAGGUCUACUGGGUUCUUCCGCCCCAGGCCGGCGAGGCUCCUUCCACCAAGUUGAAAGAGGUCAACCUGGGCCAGUUCAAUCUUGACUACAUUGGCGUCGCUGCUGGUCAUGGUCGUAUCAAGCAGGCCACCCAAUUCGAGAUCCAUGAUGCCGAUGGGUUCGGCGAGUUUGCCAAGUUCCUCAUCUCGCAGCCUGAGUUCACAUGGAAGCUCAAUUGCUCCAACGUUCAUGUCGAAGCCUUUUCCUUCCUGCCUACCUACAAGAACCUCGCCUUUAACAAGCAUAUCAUCAUCAAAGGUUUCAACAACUUUGAGGACGUCGAAAUUCUCGACUUCCAGCUUCCCGGCGAUGACCCAGAGGGUGGUAUCACGCUCUCUGUCACCACCUCGCUCGUCAACCCCUCGCCUUUCGGUGUACAGCUCGGCACGCUCAACCUCGGCCUCUAUUACCAAGGCAUGUACCUCGGCCCGGCUUCCACCAGCAAUUUGAACGUCUCGACUGGUCGCAACGUCAUCACGCUCAACGGUCGACUCGUACCCCAUAACGACAACGCCACCGCGCUCGACUUGCUCGGGCAGCUGUUUACCGGCUACAUCAACGGUGAGACGUUGCCCACGCAAGCUCGAGGCGUCUCGGUUCAGCAGGCCAAUGGCCAGAACGUCGGCUGGCUCAGCACUGGUAUCUCGGCCCUCCAGCUUGCUGUCCCUCUCAAGGCACCUCAGCCCAUCAACCCCAUCAAGAGCAUCAGCAUCGGCUCCUUGGCUCUCGUCUACUCGCCUGAGACCGCCUACAAUCCCACCGCGUAUUCGAGUGCUCUCUCGGCUGUGCUCGGUCUUCCCUUUGGCUUCUCGCUGUCCAUUGUCAACACGGCCAACACGUUUACCAUUCUCUUCGACGGCGCACAGGUGGCCACCAUCAACUCGGCCUACUCCAACACCACCACGCAGCUCUCGAUCGUCAGCGCAGGUCAGACCGCAGGCACGCUCAACCUCACACUCCCGCCCUCGGAGCUGACGCUCGCCAACGACACCGCCGCCGCCCGCAAGGAGCUUGAGAACUUCCAGACCUACUUCACUUUCAGCAAUGGAACCGCCCUCCGCCUUCAAGGUCAAGCCAAGGCCGUCACUGAUACGCCGCUCGGUCGUGUCUUGCUCAAUGGCAUCAUCUUUGACGUUGACAGCGGUCUCUUGGGCCUGCAGGGCCUCAACGCCUUCCCCACGCUCAUCACCAGUGUCGAUGUCACAGGCGGUACUUCCGAGGGCAUCCUGCUCGCGGUCGGAACCACGCUGGUCAACCCGUCCAACCUGAACCUCACCGUUGGUGACAGCUCUUUCCAGCUGGUCAACCGCGAUGUGCUCGGCACCGUCACCAUCCCGGCCCUCGAUCUCAUGGUCGGCAGGAACGACGUCAAUGCCACCUCGGUCUUCGACCCCAACGCCAGCCCCUACGGUCUCGAGACACUCAACCGCUUCAUCUCGGGCCAGGACACCGAUCUCGGCAUCAACGGCUUCGAUGGUUCAACGAAGGUCUCGUCGCUGCUGCCUGCCCUGUCACAGAUUCGUCUCAAAGCGACGCUGCCCGGUCUUAAGACCAAGCUGGUGCAGUCCGCCAACUUAACCGUCCUCGACACCACGGGCAUCACCAACAACAUUGCCAACUCGACCGUCUUCCUUAACAACCCCUUCACGUCGCCGCUCACCAUCACGCGCAUUCGCUCCAACGUCACCUCGCACGGUGUCUUUGUUGCCAGCAUUGAUACUCCGCUCAACUUUGUCGCUCAGGGUCGUUCCGUCACCCAGUCGCCUCCCGUCCAGCUUGGCCUCAACCUCUACCCUCCCGACAUUUUCGCGCUCGUGCGUGCGCUCGCCGUUCAGAGCGGUCAAAACCCGGCUUACAUCGAUGGCGUCGUCCAGCUCGGUGGCUACACGCUGUCGCCCACCACUUCGGCCAAUUCGCGUCGCUCGCUCCAAUUUGCCGAUGCCGAGGACAGCUUCGAUUACGAGGAGAACAACGAGCUGGCACACGCCAUGAUGGACGGCGUCAACAACGCCGAGACGCUCGCCCAUGUUGCUGAUUGGGCUGAGCGCGAGGAGCCGCACGCCAUCCAAGAGGCGGGCACCCUCACCAAGCGUGCCAACUUGUACACUGGCUUCGAUCUGCCCAGCUACAUCGACCGCGCCUUCAAAUCCGCCACGGCCAACCUUGAGAUUGUAGCCAACAACAACAUCGGUGACUACGCCAGCACGCUCACCUUUGCUCAGGAGGAUGUGCCGCUCGGUACCGACGUGACGCUCAACAAGCUUCUGCCCGUCCUUGCCGGCCCCAUCGUGCAGAAGAUUGUCGACAAUGCCAUUCUCAACAUCGACAGGGUCACCAUUCUGAACCCGCAACAGAACUCGUUCCAGACCGCUCUGCAAGGCACCAUCACCAACUCGGGUCCCUUUGACGCCACCAUCCAGUUCACCAAUGGUCUCAACGUCACUUGGAACGGUCGACUGCUCGGUCAGAUUGCCAUGCCAAACGUCUCGCUUGCCGGCGACGUCGGUGCGACGCUCGAGAUCUUGGCCCAGUUUGUUGUGGCCGACGUCGGCUAUCUCACCGAAUUCACGAGGUACCUGCUCACCGAGCAGAGCUUCGUGUGGAACAUUGCUGGUGAUGGCCUCAGCGUUGCUGCUCUCGGCAUCGAGGUCAACGACAUUAGCAUCUCCAAGAACGUCAUCCUCAGCGCCUUCAAUGGUCUGAGGAACAGCGUCAUCAUCAACUCAUUCGAUCUGCCGUCCAACGAUCCCGCUGGUGGUAUUCACCUCACGGCCGCCACGACCAUCUACAACCCGUCGCAGGUCGGUGUGCAGCUGUCUCGCUUCGGUGUCAACCUGGACCGCAACAACACCUUCAUCGGCCCUUCCGCUGCGCAGGACGAGUUUGUGCUGCAGGCCCUCGCCGUCACCACCCUGCCGCUGGUGGGUCGACUGGUCCCGCAGACCAACGAUCAGGGUCUCGCCGUGCUCUCGGAGAUCUUUACGCGCUUCGUCGGCAACUUGAACACCGAGGUGAUGGUGUUGGGUGACUACGCGGGUCCGGAGGGCGUCUCGUGGCUCAACGACGGCAUCAAGGCGCUGUCCGUUCAGGUCUCGUUGCCCUCGCAAAAGUUCACCGUCAUUCGCACCAUCUCGAUCAACCAGAUCUCGCUCUUCUUCUCUGUGCCCAACGCCUGGAGCCCGCCGACGAGCUCCAACGAUACGCAGUCUCAGUUCUUCCUCCCCUUCGCCUUCCCACUGGACAUCCAGCAGGUCGGCGGUGGCUUCGUCGCCGGCUACCAGGGUCAGAACAUGGCUGUUCUCGAUAUCCCCCUCUCGCCCUCGAUCACAGACGUCACAACGCGCAUCUUGACGCUCAUGUUCAGCAAUGUGCCCUUCUCGGUCUACGGCAACCAGCACUCAAGGUUCUCGCAGUUCCUUGCCGAUACCACCGCUAACAAUCAGGUCACGUUCAACCUGAACGGUAUGGCCAACACCAAGGCCAACACCGCCGCCGGCCUUGUGUCCAUCAGCAAUGUUCCGUUCAACGUCGACACGAACCUGUUGGGUCUGCAGAACCUCAACGCUCGUCCGGCCAUCGUCUCGAACCUGGACGUGUACCACGGCUACCCGUCGUACCUGCAGAUCAACGUCGACACGACGCUCUACAAUCCGUCGCACAUCACGAUCGGUACGGGCGACGUCACGUUCGAUGUCUACUUCUUGAACCGAAAGAUCGGUACCGCUGUCAUCAACGGUCUUGUGCUUGUGCCCGGUACCAACAUUGUGCCCACCCAGGUGCGUUACAUGCCUCAAGGUGCGGACAACGUGCGUGCUGGUCAGACGCUGCUCGAGAACUACGUGCAGGGCAUCGUCUCCAACACGAUCAUCCAGGGAAGUACGAGCACCACGCCGAUCGAGUCGCUCAAGCAGGCGCUUUCGGGUAUUCGUCUCAACGCCGACAUCCCUCCGCUCAGGCAGCUGCUCAUCACCGUGACUAGGCUUACGAUCCCGCCCAACAUUGCGCAAACGAGUAUCGCACAGGCCAACUUUGACCUGCGCAACCCCUUCACCGCCUCGAUCAACCUGCUCAAGGUCAAGGCAGACGCUUCGUAUCAGGGCAUCUUCCUCGGUGAGAUCAACCAGGACUUGUCGAGCAACCCGAUCCGCGCACCUGGCCACACCACCAUCACGUCGCGCUACCUGCCCUUCAGGUUCAAUCUGGAUCCCAAGAAUCUCAUCCGCUUUGUGCAGGCGGCUGCUGCCACUCAGGGCGUCGAUCUUGGUCCUCUGCCUCCGCUCUUUGCUCAGGUGUUGGCGCAGGCUUCCACGCAGACGACCGUUAGCCCGUACCCCGACUUCCAGCCCACCGGUUGUGUCUCUGGCAACCAAUUCGAUGUGCUCGGUGCCGUUCUGCGCACGCUCCAGGGUCUCACCACCCGGCUCGACGUACAGUCGAGCGACAAGCUGGACGACUAUGCUACCAACCUCAACUUUGUACAGCAGCCCGUUCCCACCGAGACGGACCGCACCGCGCUCUACCUGCUUGGUCCCGCCGGUGCGCCCAUUGUGCAGAACAUCGUCAACGAGGCUGUGCUGACAGUCGCCAUUGCCAACAUCACCAGCGUGACCAACUCUGGCUUCGAUGUUUCGCUGUCUGGUUCGCUGACGGGUACUGGACCUUUUGACGCGCUCAUCGAGUUCACCGAGCCGUUGACGGUCACGUGGCAGGGCAGGAACAUUGCUCAGCUCACGUUGCCACCCAUCUGCGCCUUUGCCAACGUCGGUGUUCCCAACCUCAGGACGAGCGGUCACCUGACCAUCACCAACCUGGGCGCCUUCACCGACUUUGCUACGUACAUCUUGCACAACCCCGGAUUCCAGUGGACCGUGUCAUCGCAGCACCUCACCGUGCGCGCGCUACAGAUCGUCUACAGCGAUGUCAUCAUCUCGAAGAACAUCGACUUCAGGGCGUUCAACAAUCUGCCCAACGUCACUACGAGCAACUUUGACGUCUACGGCGAGACGAGCAACUCGCUGCUUAUCCGUACCGACUCGGCCAUCCCGAGCCCGGCUACGUUGGGUAUCCAGCUCGACACGGCCAACUUCGAGAUCUUCUUUAUGGGCACCGACAUCGGUCCAAUCCACUCGAGCAACCUGUUCCUGGCUGCCCUCUCCACCACGAACACGGUGCUCGAGGGAGCGAUCACGGCCAAAUCCGGUCGCGAUCUGCAGAACACGGGUAUUCUGUUCACCAACUUCUUGCAGGGCAAGACGCAGAUUCUGCAGGUCAAGGGUGUCUCGGUGGUCACGCAGGCCAACGGCAACCAGCCGGUCAACUGGCUCAGCGCUGCCUUCAGGACGCUCACCCUGGAUGUUUCGCUCCCCGGCAGGAUUUACCAGAUCAUCUACUCGAUCACGCUGUCGGAUCUGACCGUGUUCGUCAAUGGCAACCCUGCCGACUCGUACACGGUGCCCUCGAGCUCCAACUCGACCAUUGCCUCAUUUUCCAAUCCGUUCAUGUUCAGCCUGCAGCCCAUCCAGGCAGCUCCGCAUAUCAACCUGUCGUACGCCAACGGCAACACCGCGUACCUGGAACUGCCGCUUGCCAACGUGCAGGCCGGUACCUCGCGCGGUCCGAACGAUAUUCAGGCGCUGCAGCUCAUGUGGCGCAGGCAGAACAUUGUCGCCGUCGACCGUCCCAACUUCCAGGCGUUCUUCGCACAGCUCACCGACACGCCGCGAGGUACGUUUGAUCUUCGCGGUGGCACCGACGUUGUGGCCAAGACGGUGAUCGGAAACAUCCCCAUCGGUGGCAUUCCGUUCAACGUAACCACGACGCUUGCCGGUAUCAACAGCUUCAACGGUGUCACGACGCUGUCGGAUGUGACGGUCAGCAGUGGUACUGCCGCCUUCCUGUGGGUGCCGCUCAAGGUGACGCUCGAGAACCCGUCGAACCUGACCGUGUACACCAACGAGGUCUUCCUACCCGUCCUCUUCUCGGGUGUAGUGGUGGGUCGAGCCGAGAUUCCGGUGCUCGGUCUGAUUCCUGGAAGCAACCUGGUCCAGUCGUACUUCUACUACGCGCCUGCCAACGCCAACGACACGACCGCGCAGGAGCUGCUUCAGCGCUACGUGCAGCCUUCGCUGUCGGACGGCACUUCGGCGCAAUCGGCGCCACUUACUAUCGACGGAUCGCAGGGUCCUCAGACCAACUUGACGCCGUACGAUUCGCUGCGACCUGCGCUGGCCGGCAUCAAGCUGACGACGACGCUGAUGGGUAUCGCUGGGCGCAUUGUGACCAAUAUCCGGGUAUAUCUGACUGUGGAAACAAUCGCCACUGGUUUGCCCGGCCUCUUGGGUCUUCCCAACGCGGGCUUGCCGGUUGUCGAGAUCGACCUUGCGGUCGCGAACCCGCUGCAGACUGGACUGUACAUUGUCGCCUUGCAGACUACGGCCAAGAUUGCGGGAUCGCAGCCAAGGAGCGCCUCGGGCAAUCCGGAUGCGGUGGUGUCGUACACGUUCCCAACGCCGUUCGGUGCGGCUGCUGGCGGCACAGCUGUGUCUGGCAGGAUUCCGAAUGUGGUGCUUCCCAAGGGUCUGGUGGGUUCGCUGCCGGUAAUUGGCCAGCCUUUGGAUGUUUACAACCACAUUCCCGUUCGAUUGGGUCCCGGGCCCAACGACGGUUAUCUGGCACCCGGUCUCGAAUACGACGAGCUCAACAUCCCCACGCAGUACUUUUUCGACCUUGCUGGGAUUCCCAUCCCGCUUGAUCCAGUCGCAACGAUCGCUGAUUUCCUCAACCAGCUGGUUGCCGCAGGUGUCGAUUUGGCCGGCAUCCUCAGUGGUAUUCUGGGCGGCAGCUCGUCGCGGGGUAACGUGGUUAGCGGUCUGUCGGAUGCUAGCAAGGCCUUGGUCUGCACACUGACGGGUUUGACCAAGGCCCUGAGUCUGGAUCCGAUCCGGCAGCAGGCCGGCUGUGCCGGUGCUUCGUCGUCGGCCAGCGCCAUGUCGUCGAGCAACACACUUUCGAGCGCAACGGCGGCGGCGGCCUCUGGUGCCGCGUCCCUAGCUUCCGGUGCAAGCCAGGCCGCCGCUACGGUCACGAAUGCAGUCAACAGCCUGACUGCUGCUGCGGGAACCGUGUUGGGCAACACGGCGGCUGCUACCACGGCGACGGCAGACUCUGCUGCUCGCACCGCCGCCUCGUCGUCCGGAGGAGGCCUCUUGGGUCUCACGCUGCGUGCAGAGCCCACACUGAUACCGGAUCUGCUGUAG